AUUUGGGGCAUUUCCUUCCCUAACAGCGGGACCUGGGACUGGGCUGGGGCCCUGGCGGAUGGAGACAUGCUGCCCCUGCUGCUGCUGCCCCUGCUGUCGGGGGGGUCCCCGCAGGAGGAGCCAGGCUACGAGCUGCAAGUGCAGAAGUCGGUGACGGUGCAGGAGGGCCUGUGCGUCCUUGUGUCCUGCUCCUUCUCUUACCCCUGGAGAUCCUGGUAUUCCUCUCCCCCACUCUACGUCUACUGGUUCCGGGACGGGCAGAGCCCAUACUACGCUGAGGUUGUGGCCACAAAUAACCCAGACAGAAGAGUGAAGCCAGAGACCCAGGGCCGAUUCCGCCUCCUUGGGGAUGUCCAGAAGAAGAACUGCUCCCUGAGCAUCGGAGAUGCCAGAAUGGAGGACACGGGAAGCUAUUUCUUCCGCGUGGAGAGAGGAAGGGAUGUAAAAUAUAGCUACCAACAGAAUAAGCUGAACUUGGAGGUGACAGCCCUGAUAGAGAAACCCGACAUCCACUUUCUGGAGCCUCUGGAGUCCGGCCGCCCCACAAGGCUGAGCUGCAGCCUUCCAGGAUCCUGUGAAGCGGGACGACCUCUCACAUUCUCCUGGACGGGGAAUGCCCUCAGCCCCCUGGACCCGGAGACCACCCGCUCCUCGGAGCUCACCCUCACCCCCAGGCCCGAGGACCAUGGCACCAACCUCACCUGUCAGGUGAAACGCCAAGGAGCUCAGGUGACCACGGAGAGAACUGUCCAGCUCAAUGUCUCCUAUGCUCCACAGAACCUCGCCAUCAGCAUCUUCUUCAGAAAUGGCACAGGCACAGCCCUGCGGAUCCUGAGCAAUGGCAUGUCAGUGCCCAUCCAGGAGGGCCAGUCCCUGUUCCUCGCCUGCACAGUUGACAGCAACCCCCCUGCCUCGCUGAGCUGGUUCUGGGAGGGAAAAGCCCUCAAUCCUUCCCAGACCUCAAUGUCUGGGACCCUGGAGCUGCCUAACAUAGGAGCUAGAGAGGGAGGGGAAUUCACCUGCCGGGUUCAGCAUCCGCUGGGCUCCCAGCACCUGUCCUUCAUCCUUUCUGUGCAGAGAAGCUCCUCUUCCUGCAUAUGUGUAACUGAGAAACAGCAGGGCUCCUGGCCCCUCGUCCUCACCCUGAUCAGGGGGGCUCUCAUGGGGGCUGGCUUCCUCCUCACCUAUGGCCUCACCUGGAUCUACUAUACCAGGUGUGGAGGCCCCCAGCAGAGCAGGGCUGAGAGGCCUGGCUGAGCCCCUCCCGCUCAAGACAGAACUGAGGUGUGGACACUCAGCCCUGUGGGACACAUGCAGGACAUCACUGUCAGCUUCUUUCUGGAAGCUCACAUCCCACUGACUACCCCUCUUUUCCUUCCUGCCCCAUACCCCUUCUACUUAUUCCCCUCUGCUUGUGAGUCUUGCCCCACCACACCUGCAUCCCCAUCUGCACCCCAUCCCCUCUCCACCUGCCCUUCUCUUCCCUCUCCAUCCUCCAUCUCCAGCCCUGUGAAGGGAAUGUACUUUCGGUCUUAUACCCCCAUUACCCAUUACCCAAAAGUUACCUUUUUUUUUUUUUUUUUUUUUUUUUUUAGAGACAGAGUCUCACUCUGUUGCCCAGGCUGGAGUUCAGUGGCACAAUCUCCGUUCACUGCAACCUCCACCUCUGGGGUUCAAGCAAUUCUCCUGCCUCAGCCUCCCUAGUAGCUGGGAUUACAGAUGCCUGCCACCACACCCAGCUAAUUUUUUUUUUUUGUAUGUUAGUAGAGAUGGGGUUUUACCAUGUUGGCCAGGUCUCGAACUCCUGACCUCAAGCAAUCCACUGCAUUGGCCUCCCAAAGUGCUGGGAUUACAGGUAUGAGCCACCAUGCCUGGCUGCCAAAAGUUACCUUCUUAACACUUGAAUUUCUGGUCUCCUCAGCUUCCCUAUCCAUAUAGGCACAGAGAGGCAGCAUUUGUUUUCCAGUUAAAACUACCUCAUUGUGAUUAUUAUCCAAUACAAUUGUUAUAAAAUAAGUAAAACUUUUAUGAAACAAUACAACAUAACAGAUUUUACUCUUUAAUGCCUCUGUGAGAGUUUGUAGACAAAAAUUAUGUCUUUUUUUUUUUUUCUUUGAGACAGAGUUUCUAUCUUGUUGCCCAGGCUGGAGUGCAAUGGCAAAAUCUCAGCUCACUGCAACUUCUGCCUCCCAGGUUCAAAUGAUUCUCCUUCUGUCCGUAUACAAGAAGGCAAUACCUGUAUUGUCAGGUUCUGUGCAUCGUAUAACUGGAACCAAACAUAUUUGCUUUAGGGUCUGCUUUCAUUUCUUCAGUGUGGUUUUCCCAGUUUAUCCAUGUUGUUACACGUAUCAAUAGCUCAUUCUCGGUUUUGGUGGGGUUUUUUUUGCUUUUAAUAUCGUACAGUCAGCCUUCUGUAUCCACUGGUUCUGCAUUUUCCCUUUAAUCACUUUUGCUGCACCACAAAAAUUUUGUUAUGUUGUAUUUUUAUAUUAGUUCAAAAUAUUUCCUUCUUUCCUCUGAGAUUUCCUUUGAAUUCACGGAUUGCUUAGAAGUGUGUUGUUUAAUUUCUAAGUGAUUGCAGAUUUUACUGGUUUUUUAUUUUUAAACAAAUUGUUACUACUUUCUUUUUAAGUUCCAUUUUAAUAAACACACAUGCUUGAUAUGAUUUUUUUUUAACUUUUAAGUUCAGGGGGUACAAGUGCAGGUUUGUUACAUAGGUAAAGUGUCAUGGGAGUUUGUUGUACAGAUUAUUGCAUCACCCAGACAGUAAGCCUAGUGCCCAUUAGUUAUUUUCCUCAUCCUCUCCCUCCUCCCACCUUCCACCCUUUGAAAGGCCCCAGUGUGUGUUGCUCACCUCUAUGUAUCCAUGUGUUCUCAUCAUUUAGCUCCCACUUACAAGUGAGAACAUGUGGUAUUUGGUUUUCUCUUCUUGUGUUAGUUUGCUGAGGAUAAUGGUCUCCAGCUCCACUCAUGUCCCUGCAAAGGACAUAAUCUCAUUCUUUUUUAUGGCUGCUUAGUAUUCCAUGGUGUAUAUGUACCACAUUUUCUCUAUCCAGUCUACCACUGAUAGGCAGUUAGGUUGAUUCCAUGUCGUUGCUAUUGUGAAUAGCGCUGCAGUGAACGUAUGCAUGCAUGUGUCUUUGUAAUAGAAUGAUUUAUAUUCCUUUGGGUAUACGCCCAGGAAUGGGAUUGCUGAGUCGAAUGGUAUUUCUAUGUUUAGGUCUUUGAGGAAUCGCCACACUGUCUUCCACAAUGGCUGAACUAACUUUCACUUUCACCAAUCGUGAGAGUCUUUUAUAUUGGUUAAGUUUGCUUGAUGACACUGGUCUAUCUUGGUGAAUGCUCCAUGUGUGCUUAGAAAGAAUGUGUAUUGCCCUGUUAUGGGACGAAUAUUAAAUGGCAAUUAGACACAGUUGUUCAAUGGUGUUCACUUUUAUAGCUGGUAACUUUUUUGUCUACUAGCUCAGUCUAUUACUGAGAGAGGAAUGUUGAAGUCUCUGAUCCUAAUGUUGGAUUUGUCAGUUUCUCCUCUCAGUUUCAUCAGUUUUUGCUGCAUGUAUUUUUAAACUCUGUCGUUAGGUGCAUACAUAUUAAGAAUUCUCAUGUCUUCUUAAAGAAUCAACUUAAAAAAAUUUUUUUUUGAGACAGAGUUUUGCUCUUUUUGCCCAGGCUGGAGUGCAAUGGCGCGAUCUUGGCUCACUGCAACCUCCGCCUCCCAGGUACAAGUGAUUCUCCUGCCUCAGCCUCCCAAAUAGCUUGGAUUACAGGCACGCACCGUCACGCCUGGCUAGUUUUUUUUGUAUUUAGUAGAGACAAGGUUUCACCAUGUAAGUCAGGCUGGUCAUGAACUCCUGACUUCAGGUGAUCCACCCGCCUCAGCCUCCAAAGUGCUGGGAUUAUAGGCGUGAGCCACCGCAGUUGGCUGAAUCAACUGUUUUACAUUAUGUAACAUCACUUUUUGUUCCUGUGAUUUUCUUUGCUCUUAAGUGUACUUUGUCUGCUAUUAACAUAGCCAUUCCAGUUUUCUUUUGACUAGUAUUUGCAUAGUAUGCAUUUUCACAUCCUUUAAGUCCUAGCCUCACCUCAUUAUAUUUGAGGUGAGCUUUUUAGAAAGCAUAUAUA